CACUACUGCUAGCAAUUUCUAAAAUAUCAAACAAUCCCACCCAGUAGCCCAACUGCCCAAUCCCAAGGCCCAGCUAACACAAUUCUGAUUUACACCAACACAACACAGGUCCCGCCAUCCACAAUUUACAAUCACGGUUUCUUUCUUUCUUUCUCACAGUGAACAAACAAACUCCCUCUCUGUUUCAACCACAUCAAAAAAUCAACCACAUCCACAUCCUUGUUUUAAAAUAAAACUUCCUCUUCCUUGUUUCUUGUGUCUCUAAUCUUCUCAUUCCUUUUUUUUUUUUUUUCUCUCUUCCUCCAUUCAUGGUGAUCUAAGAGUAAACAUUCAAUGAAGAGAUUUUACAAACCAAUUUCAGAAUCAGAACAAUCAUCAACUUCUAAUCCUAAUCCUCAAACACUUGAUGAAUGUGAAAGUAUACAAUUGGGUCCACCUUUGAAAAAAAGAUGGUUAGAAUUGGAUUUGGGAAGGCUUCCUAGUGAUCCUAGGUUGAGGCCAAGACUUUUAGAUUAUCAUCCAAGUGAUAGAGAAAAAAUUAGGAGAUACUAUUUUCAAAAGGGCCCUUGUCAACCAAGAGAGAUUAAUUUUCCACUUACAAAAUUUGGAGAUUCCUCUAGUAAGUUUAAUUUGGAAUGGUAUUCAAAAUAUGGCGGUUGGUUGGAAUAUAGUCAAAAGGAAGAUGCAGCAUAUUGCUUAUGUUGUUAUCUCAUGAGAUCACAUCUUAAAGAACAUAGAGGUAGUUUCUUUAUUCUCUUCUAUGAUUGAUGUGCUUGACAUGAUCGAGGAAGAUGGAACAAGCUCGGAGCAAAGAGGUGACGCAAAACUUUUUUUGAAAUGUAUGCAAUCUUUUGAAUUUAUUUUCAUCUUGCACUUGAUGAAAAAAGUUUUGUCAAUUACUCAUGAGUUAUCUCAAGCACUACAAAGAAGUGAUCAAGAUAUUGUUAAUGCCAUGAAAUUAGUCAAAAUGUCCAAACAAAAGUUACAAACUAUAAGGGAUAGUGGUUGGGAUUCUUUGUUCAAUGAAGUUUCAUUGUUUUGUGAACAUCAUGAAGUUGUCAUCCCAAAUAUGGAUGAUACCUAUCAAACAUUUAAAAAGUCAAAACGCAACUCAGAGAAAGUUUCUAACUUACAUUACUUUCAAGUUCAAUUCUUCUAUCAAGUGAUUGAUCGACAACUUCAAGAGUUGAAUAAUCAUUUUUCAGAAGUGAAUACUGAGUUGCUUCUUUGUGUAGCUUGUUUAAACCCAAGAGAUAGUUUUUCUGCAUUUGAUAAGAAGAAUUUGAUUCGUUUAGCUGAAUUUUAUCCUUCAGAAUUUUCUCCUGUUCAACUUUUGGAACUAGAUUCUCAACUUGAAAAUUAUAUUGUAGAUGUAUGCUCUGAAGAUGCAUUUUAUGAAUUAGAGGGGAUUGGUGAUUUGAGUAUAAAGAUGGUGGAGACAAGGAGACAUAUUGUGUAUCCGUUGGUAUAUUUGCUUUUACAGUUAUCUUUGAUACUACCUGUGGCAACUGCAACAGCUGAAAGAGCUUUCUCAGCUAUGAAGAUUAUCAAGACUCAGUUGCGAAAUCGAAUGGGUGAUCAAUGGUUAAAUGAUUGUCUAGUUACUUAUAUAGAGAGAGAGAUUUUUAUUGAGAUUGAAAAUGAGAAAAUCAUUCGAUAUUUCCAAAAUAUGACAAGUCGUAGAGGACAAUUGUAAUUGUUGUUGGCAGCUGGGUUUUGGUUUGGUGAUGGCCUUUGUUGUUUUUGUGGUUUUGGAGCUUAGGCAGGGGUGCUCUUUUCCUACUAUAUAUUGCAGGUUUUUCUUUUUGUCUUUUGCUGCAGUGCUGUUGUGUUUUCCUGCUAUAUAUUCCAGCGGCCUACUAGUAUUUUAGGUGUUUAUUUGUGUUUUUUGUUCUUAGUAUUUUGGCACUUUGUUGUUAAUAUAUAUAUUCCUACUAUGUAAAAUAUAUAUAUAUAGUGCCUCCACUAGUUGAAAUUCCUGGCUCCGUCC